GUGAUAGGUGCAUACAAUGUCAUGACAAUAGUUAUGUUGCUCUAUUGAUUGUGUUCGCCAUCCUCGGGAUUUUAUUGGUUGCUAUGAUUACACUCUUCAACCUCACAGUUGCCAAUGGUACCAUAAAUGGACUGAUAUUCUACGCAAAUGUUGUGUGGAUUAACAAUGCUAUAUUGUUCCCACAGCAGGGCAGACAGAACAUUGGCUACUACAUCAUCACUGUGCCUAUAGCUUGGAUUAAUCUGGACUUUGGUAUUGAGACUUGUUUUAUUCAAAAUUUGGAUCAAGUAACUAAAAGUGGUUUACAGUUCGUGUUUCCAGUCUACAUCUGGUGCAUUGCUGGUCUCAUCAUUUUAGUGUCUCGGUAUUCCAUAAAAGCCACUCGAUUCUUUGGUAGAAACUCUGUUGCUGUUUUGUCUACUCUCAUCCUCCUAUCUUAUGGGAAGCUGUUCAGGAUUAUCACAAAUGUGUUUACUCCAUCUGACAUUAGUGGCUCUGAUGGUUCGAUUCGCAGUGUUUGGUCCCUGGAUGGAAAUGUUGAAUAUGGAACAACACGGGGACACAUUGUCUUAAUGGUGGUGGCACUACUCUUUAUGCUAUUGUUUUGGUUGCCAUUCACUUUGACUCUCCUUCUAGUACCCUUCCUAAAAGCCAAGUCAGACUACCGACCCCUUUGCUGGAUUAACACAUUCAUGCCGUUUUUUGAUACUUUUUACGGUCCUUUCAAAGACAAGCGACAGCAUCAAAUGUGGACGGGGAUUCUACUCAUCUCACGCGUAGUGAUAUUGAUUGUUUUCUCAACAACCUCAACAUCCAAUCCGAAUGCUAACAUACUGGUAAUGACCAUUAUAGCUACACUCCUGCUAGUCUACACAUCCUUUGUUGGCUAUCUCUACAAGCAAUGGUUUGCAUCUGUGCUUGAAGUAUUGUAUCUGUUUAACCUCAUCAUCUUAGGUGGAGCAUUCUUGUUUUAUCAAAUACAAUCGGAAGAUGUCCGACAAAAUGACACCCUCAAUCCAGUGACUGCUACCUCAGUUUGUAUUGCUCUCCUGCAGUUUGCUUGUAUUAUAAUCUUCCACAUAGCCAAGAAAGUCGGACCCAAGCUUCAGAGGCUCGCCAAGAAACGAGAAAUGUAUACAAGCAUACAAGAAGAUGAACUCAUAGAAAGUGGAAGGAACGAAGUGACAACACAGGAAGUGACGUUGGGCAAUGCAACGCAGCAGCGUCAAUACUAUAAUGCCACUGAUUAUAGAGAGCCACUUCUGGAUGAUGUGUAGCAAAGCACACAGAAACUGAUGUCGAGUGUGUGCAUGUAUUACAUGUAAUUAGUGAUUAGUUUGAUUGUGAUGUGCGUAAUAAACUAUGUUAAUUCUUGUAAUGAUUUUGUGCUGAUUAAUUAUUAUUUUUGAUUUUGCUGAUUAUGUGUGUAUGUUAAUUAUUAGUUUGUGCUGCAUAAUAUAUUAUUUAUAGUUUG